CAGGAUUAGUUGUCUACCCCCACUUGAUCGCAGCAUCCUCGUGGCCUGCCCCACCCGGACCUUCCUCGUCGCAACGAGCAUAGGCUCGAAAGCUGCCGGAGUGGUUUGGAAGAUUGCUGACUUUAACUGAUUCUCCAGGCUGAAGCUUGAUCUUUUGUGCUUCAGGGGAAUCAGGAUCUGGGACUUCGAAUGUUGCAAACUCCCCAAUUGCUGUAUCGAUCUCGAUCCAAAUCCACAAGGCUCGGGCGUACGAUUUAUGGCGGUGAAGCGCAUACCUCCACUGACUUCUGCUCUUGAGUUUUCUGACGGCGGUCUUCGUUUGCGUAUUUGUGGACAGCAGUACCUUGAUAGUUUCUGUGGCGGCCAUGCGCCCAAGCUUGGUGAAGGAGUCUCUCUUGCUAAGGGUCGAUCUGGCAUUGAGCUCAAGUAAAGAUGGAAGGGUUGGAGUGAUAGAAAUCGGGGUUUCCUCUGCUUGCGCUGGCACACCGAAGGCGGGUGCAACGAGUCCAAGGACGGCAGCACCAACUAUCGCAGGUUGGAGCAAAUUGUACUUGACCAUGAUUGCGGUUUGGAUCAAGUGCUCAAUUUGCAGCCAUCGGCGAGAGUUUUUCCCGUAAGAUCAGCGGAGAAAUCCAACGAAGGUCUUUAAAGCAUACAUAUCAGAAGUUCGGCAGCUCUAUGUGACUGUCUUGGCCUGGCUUCGUCGAUUCUUGGGAAAUUGGGACGCCAUUUAUUACGGCCCCCAACUGAUAUGCUUGCAUCUCAUCAGCCCUUCUCGACGAAUCCAUCACCAUCAAGCAGUUCAGAGGGAAAGCUCUCAUCCACGGCCCUGGCUGUCGUUUGAAUUGCUAA